CCUGCGACCCGUACAACGCUGGGUUUUUGUUGACGUGUGUCUUUUGGCUACGCAGUUAGGCGGCUACCUACGUAAAAUAGUAAAGUGUAAAGUGAAUAUUAUUGCAUUAUUAUUCUUAACUGCAAUGGCAGCCGACUGGGAAGAAAUAAGACGUUUAGCAGCAGACUUUCAGAGAGCGCAGUUUGCAGAUACGAUUCAGAGGUUAUCAGAGCGGAAUUGCAUUGAGAUCGUUGCCAAGCUAAUUGAGGAUAAGCAGCUGGAUGUUGUACACACGCUGGAUGGGAAGGAGUACAUCACCCCUGCUCAGAUCAGUAGGGAGAUUCGCGAUGAACUCUACGUCCGUGGAGGUCGGGUGAACAUUGUAGACCUACAACAGGUUAUUAAUGUUGACUUGGUCCAUGUUGAAAGCCGAGCCAAUGAUAUAGCAAAGUCUGACAGAAACACUCAGUUGGUUCUGGGGCAGCUUAUCGACGAGACCUACCUGGACCGGCUGGCGGAGGAGGUUAAUGAUAAGCUGCAGGAGAUCGGUCAGAUCCAUGUUGCCGAGCUCUGCAAAACGUAUGACCUUCCUGGGGACUUCCUGACUGAGGUGUUGUCCCAGCGUCUUGGCAGGAUAAUCCAAGGCCAGAUGGACGAGUAUAACCGUGGAGUGAUAUUCACACAGACAUUCCUGGCUCGUCACAGAGCUCGGAUAUGUGGGCUUUUCAGUGCAAUGACUCGGCCAACACAACUUAAUCAUCUGAUUAACCUCUAUGGGUUCCAGGAACACCUGCUCUAUUCCGUCCUGGAAGAGCUGGUGAACAGCGGCCGCCUCAGAGGUUCUGUGGUCGGUGGCCGGCAAGAUAAGGCCGUCUUCAUCCCGGACAUCUACUCCAAAACGCAGAGCAGCUGGGUGGAUUCCUUCCUUGAGCAGAACAGAUAUUUGGAAUUCGACGCGUUGAACCGCCUCGGCAUCCCAGAUCCUGUCAGCUACAUUAGGAAACGCUUCCGGGGGAGGAAGCUGCUGUUCCUGCAGGCCUCCUGCGUGGACCAGGCCAUCAUCCAGCAAGUGGAGGCUUCUGUCGAAGAGGCUGUCAACUCUGGUACUUGGAUUGACGUGCAGCCCCUGCUGCCCAGCUGUCUGUCCUCGGAGGACGUCGCCAUCUUGGUGAACGAAGUCAUGAGGACGGCGAAUGUGCAGUCGUCAGCCCGGCUCCUGUGCGGGACCGUGGUGGUCAGCGAGAAGUUCAUCAGCAGCUGCCUGCCGCUCUUCCAGCAGUCCAUGCAGCAGAAGGCUCAGACAGAAAUCAAGAACAACCCAGUAUUCCUGAUAUCCGAAGAUGACCUGAAGCAGAACCCCACUCUGGCUGACGCGGCACCCCCCGGGAAGAAGGACAGGAAGGAGGAUAGGAGGAAGAAAGCGGCAGAGGGCAGCGGGAGCACGAAAGCGGGAGGAGGCGGCAACGCCAGGGAGAUCCGGAUCCGGAAAACUAAGAAGAAAGGCAGGAGGGAUGAGGACAGCGACGAGGAGGCAGCGACGGCCCCGCAGGGCCGAAACAAACAAGCCGAAGUCCCUUUCAUGUCCCACGAGCAGGUGGAGGCCGUCCUACAGGAGCAAGUGUGUGACUGUCCUGAGGAAAUGAUCUCGGAGCUGGCGGAGCACAUACUGAGGCCGCUCACCAGGCUGUAUCAGGAAGUCGUGCUGGCUGCCUGUUUGUCGUCGUCCGGCGCUGGCACUGGGGCUGGCCGGAAGCAGAACGUCAAGGAGCUGCAGGAGGAGAUCAGCAACCUGUACAACAACAUCAGGCUCUUCGAGAAGGGCGCCAAAUCAUUCCCAGAUGAAACCCAGACCAGUAUCGCCAAACACGUCCUGAAGACCGUGUGCACAGACAUGACCAACAUCCUCCUGACCUUCGCCGCGGCCGAGUUCAUGAGUGCGGUGGAGUCUCCAGGCUCCGUCACGAACGAAGUGAGGAUGAAGAUCUUGGGUAAGCUGCCAGAGGACACCAAGGCUCCACUGAUGAAGCUGCAUAACAGCCUGAACGGAAGAAACAUUGAGGAGUUCCUGACCCACUUAGAGCCCUCUGUUGAGGUGUGUGGAUUCAUGCUCAAGAAAGGAGACAAAAAGCGAGAAAGGCAGGCCUUGUUCCAACAUCGGCAGGCUCUGACGGAGCAGCUGAAACAGACGGAGGAGCCAGCGCUGGUGCUUCACCUGACCAGCGUGCUGCUUUUCCAGCUCAGCAGCCAGUGUGCUCUUCACGUCCCCGGCCGCUGCGUGCCCCAGAUCAUUAGCGCACUGGCUGGCCGCAUCCCCGAGGAUCAGCACAGGCUCCUGUCCCAGUACCAAGCCCUGGUGGUCAAACAGCUGGUCGGCCAUAGCAGGAAGCUGCCCCAAGGUGAGAUGGAGGGCGAUUCCGGGAGCCCCCAUGGCGAUGACAUGGAUGCGGUACGCAAGGAGCUACUCUCUUUGACCAAUGAGGUGAAGGACCUCGUGUUGUUGCCGAGGAAGACGUCCGUUACGGAGGACUGAAGUACUGUGCUGUGCAGUGAAUGCGUUCCUGAAUAAAUUGUUUCUCCCAACAAUGAAAGGAUGGCUGUCGAAUUAUUAGGUUAAACCUUGCAUGACUGGCUAAGACCGCUUGUGCUUAGAAAAUGCUUAGCUGGGGGUUUAUGGCGAUUGCUUUUAAAAUGGAAAUGUGUCGGCCCGUUGUGAAAUAGCUGGCUCAAGCUUCUGUUUAACCACCGAACUUAUCACACGAAUGCAUGAGAAACUCUUUUCUUGGCUGUGAUACUGACUGCCGCUCGUGAAUAUUGGGAGUCAGAAGUGCCUAAACCUGUCUUUAUGUACUUCGUCUUGCAUAAAAGUUAGGGAAAUGAGAUGUUUUCACCCUCUGUUUAUGUAGUAAAAGUCCAAACAGUUGAAUUCUCUUAUUUCCCAAGUUUUUCCCCAAUUUUAAUUUCGUUUCCACGCCCAUUUCAAAUAACAGUGAUGGCUUGUGAUUUUAUCUAACCAUUGCAAUCUAAACAAUAUUCAAGUUGUCAUCGCACUCCACAGAGGACACUAAGAUUAUGUUCAAUGGCACCAGGGAUAUUAAAUCAGACUUGUUAUGGUCACCCCAAUGUUAACAAGUCUACGGACUUACUCCAGAGAACUGUCAUCACAGGUAACAGUGACUGCCGGACUAACCCUAUAUUUAUGGAAUUGUGUCUGUCCUGCAUAAUAUCCUGUUAUACCUCGUGCAUAAUGCUUACACAAUGUACCUGUAUUGUUUUCAUGGGCAUUUUAUAAUUGAGAGGAUGAAUAUCAAUUGAAAGAGUGUUUGAGAAUGAUGGCGUCUCCGCUGGAAAGAAGGGAACGUUCUAUUGACUGAAUUUCUUCAAUUCAAUUUCAUUUUCAUUGUCCAUUUUCGCAUUACAUUGUCUCAAAGCGCUUUCCAUUACACCUCCCCAGAGCCCCCAAUGAGCAAGCCAGGGGCAACAGUGGCAUAGAAAAACUCUCUAGAAGGAGGAAACCUUGGGAGGAACCAAACUCAAAGGGGGAGCCCAUCCUCCACGGGCUGGCAAAGGAAGUCAAAUAAACAAGAGGGCCCCAGUUCAUACUGUACAAUUUAAAUUUGAGUUUCGGGGGGGCAGGUGAUGGGAGGUAGGGCUGUGUGCUGCUUCUGAUGGCAGGAGAGACGUUACAAGCAGAAGGGUGAGCAGACUGGAACGACGCCAAAGGCAAUGGCAACGUCGCAGGCAGCAGGGUAGCCAGAACAUAAGUAGGAGGCAUGUGGGAACGCAGGCAUGGGGGGUCCCUUAAAACGUCAGCACUCUAAUUCCACUAGGGGGCGUGAAGCUAGAGUGACAGCACUGACAGUUUUGUUCAUCCAAAGCCAAUGGCACUGAUCCCCCCCCCAGCUCUACAUCCCACACUGUAGGUCUUACUCUUAUUUCUAUUUCUGAUAAGCAAAUCAAUUCACCUUCUGACAUUUUCCUAAUUUUAUUUGCAUUUUAAAUGUAAACCCUGUUUAAAAUUGGCAGCAGAAGAACCAAGUUACAUAGAGUGGUUUAGUUAAUAUGUAGAAGUUGGACAUCAUGUCAGUGUUAAGCAGGCACCAUACGAUACCACAGUUGUGUAGACUUAUUCAUGCAAACUGUUUUGUUCAGGACUCAUGUUGAGACCCCCAGACAUUUUUCAUCUAGAAUUUACCAUUUUUUUCUCCUCCAUUUCCUCAGUGACUGUCGUCAUUUUACUGAAAUGGCAAAGGCCUUUACAAUAAACUGGGAUGGCAGGUAAUUUA